AUGAAAGCAUUUGAGGAAGAAGAUGAAUGUUUGUGUUUUCUACCAACGUUCCAGAGAGACAACGACAGAGAGCACAAAGUCAGGCUGGCCAUUGGUAACGGUGUGAGAGCAGAGAUAUGGAGGGAAUUCCUUAACCGCUUUGGGAACAUCUACGUGAGGGAGUUCUAUGCUUCAACUGAGGGCAACGUGGGAUUGAUCAACUACACCGGGAAGAUAGGAGCUGUCGGACGAGUCAACUACCUACACCGGAAGCUGUUUCCUUAUGCUCUGAUUAAAUACGACACAGAGAGAGAUGAACCAAUCAGAGACUCCACCGGACUGUGUGUAGAAGCUCCUAAAGAUGAAACGGGACUGUUGGUGUCCAAGAUCACAAACAUCACUCCUUUUGUUGGAUACGCUAACAGCCAGCAGACAGAGAAGAAGAGACUGAGAGACGUGUUUCAGAAAGGAGAUCUGUACUUUAACAGUGGAGACCUGCUGAAGAUAGGCCGGGACAACUUUAUUUACUUUCAGGACCGAGUCGGAGAUACAUUCAGGUGGAAGGGAGAGAAUGUGGCCACAACUGAAGUAGCUGACAUCCUCAACCUGAUAGACUUUGUCCAAGAGGCAAAUGUCUACGGUGUUCAGGUACCAGGCAACGAGGGGAGGAUAGGAAUGGCUGCCGUCACCGUGAAGGGGGGAGAACAGUUUGAUGGCAACAAAACGUUCAGCCACGUAGCCAGCUACCUACCGGCGUAUGCACGGCCCCGCUUCAUACGCAUCCAGAAUGCGUUGGAGGUGACGGGGACCUUCAAGCAGAUGAAGGUGAGGUUAGUGGAGGAAGGUUUCGACCCGGCCAGCAUCACAGACCCUCUGUACAUCCUACAGGAGAGAAAUCAGAGUUACACACCAAUGACUGGCCAGGUCUACAGCUCCAUAGUGGCAGGCAUCAUCAAGCUGUGAACAGAUCUGUGGUGAUAAUACUCCUGGGUCCUGUUCAUUAGGGCAUGCAAUGGAAAACAUUUAAAAAAUGUAUUACAACGGAAAACAGAAAUGAGCAUUACUUAGUCCCUCCUUGUUUUAGUCCACGCCAGCCCUCAUUCUUCAACUGCGGGAUCGUCUGAAACCAGCCACCCGGACAGCUAAUGAAACUUAGGAGUAUUUCUGUCUGUAAUAAAGCCCUUUUGUGUUGAAAAAUAAAUUCUGAUUGGCUGGGCCUGGCUCCCAAGUGGGUGGGCCUAUGCCUUCCUAGGCCCAACCAUGGCUGCGCCCCUGCCAAGUCAUGUGAAAUCCAUAGAUUGUCAUGUUUUGUCAUUGAUUAUCAUGUCUUGUCCCUGUGCUUCCCUUCUAUUCGUUUUCCUCUGCUGGUCUUAUUUGGUUCUUUCCCUCUUUCUAUCCCUCUCUCUCCCCCUCCCUCUCUCCCUCUCUCGCUCUCUCUCUCUAUCGUUCCGUUCCUGCUUCCAGCUGUUCCUCAUUCUCCUAACUACCUCAUUUACUCUUUCACACCUGUCCCCUAUUUUGCCCUCUGAUUAGAGUCCCUAUUUCUCCCUCUGUUUUCCGCUUCUGUCCUUGUCGGAUCCUUGUUUGAUGUUUGCUGUUCUGUGUCCUUGUUCCGCCCUGUCGUGUUUUUGCCUUCUUCAGAUGCUGCGUGUGAGCAGGUGUCACCUAAGAUAUAUCCAGGAGUAUCGUUUUUGUUUAAGACUGGAAUAAAGACUCUGUUUAUGUUAAGUCGCUUUUGGGUCCUCAUUCACCAGCAUAACAUAGAUUAGGGCCUAAUUAAUUAAUUUAAAUUGACUGAUUUCGUCAUAAGAAUUGUAACUCAAUAAAAUCAUUGAAAUUGUU